AUGGCGUCUCUACCUUUCUCUGCAACCAGUUUUCACUCCACUUUCGUUAGUUUUAACUAUAAAGCAAAAAACCCAAACUUUUUCUUCAUCAGACAAGGCUCAAAUUUCACUUUCUUGAGGAGAAAAAUUUCUGUUAAAAGUGUUGCCAGUGACCAAAAGCAGGACCUCAAAGAUGAAGCUCAAGUCACUGGAGAAGCCUCUUUAGAUACCUUUGCUCCUUAUUCUGCAUCCAUUGCAUCGAGUAUCAAAUACCACGCCGAGUUCACACCGUCUUUCUCUCCGGACCGUUUCGAGCUCCCCAAGGCGUUCUAUGCAACGGCACAAAGUAUUCGCGAUUCUCUUAUUAUAAACUGGAAUGCUACUUAUGAUUACUAUGAGAAGAUAAAUGUAAAGCAAGCAUAUUAUCUUUCUAUGGAGUAUCUACAGGGUAGAGCUUUGUUGAAUGUCAUUGGUAAUUUAGAGCUUACAGGAGCUUAUGCAGAAGCUUUGAAGAAACUGGGGCACAAUUUAGAAGAUAUAGCUAGGGAGGAACCAGAUGCUGCACUUGGAAAUGGCGGCCUUGGACGUUUAGCUUCUUGCUUUUUGGACUCUUUAGCAACAUUAAAUUACCCUGCUUGGGGAUAUGGACUUAGGUACAAGUAUGGAUUAUUCAAGCAGCAUAUCACGAAAGAUGGUCAGGAGGAAGUUGCAGAAAAUUGGCUCGAGAUGGGAAAUCCAUGGGAACUUAUGAGAAAUGAUGUGUCAUACCCUGUAAAAUUCUACGGUGAAGUCAUUUCAGGCCCAGAAGGAACUAAAGAAUGGGUUGGAGGAGAAGAUAUAACCGCUGUUGCUUAUGAUGUCCCAAUUCCUGGAUAUAGAACUAAAACUACGAUUAACCUCCGGCUGUGGUCUACUAAAGUUGCACCAGAAAAGUUUGAUUUAAGUGCUUUCAAUGCUGGAGAUCAUGCCAAAGCUUAUUUAGCAAUGAAGAAUGCUGAAAAGAUUUGCUACAUAUUAUACCCUGGUGAUGAAUCACUUGAGGGGAAGACUCUUCGACUGAAGCAGCAAUAUACAUUAUGCUCAGCUUCUCUCCAAGACAUUAUUGCACGUUACGAAAGGAGAUCAGGAGAGUCUGUAAAUUGGGAACAUUUCCCUGAAAAGGUUGCAGUUCAGAUGAAUGAUACUCACCCAACACUAUGCAUUCCGGAGAUGAUACGAAUAUUGAUUGAUGUCAAGGGUUUGAACUGGGGACAAGCCUGGAAUAUCACUCAGAGAACUGUUGCAUACACAAACCAUACAGUUCUACCUGAGGCAUUGGAGAAAUGGAGUCUGGAGCUGAUGCAAGAAUUGCUUCCUCGACAUGUUGAGAUCAUUAGAAUGAUUGAUGAGGAGCUUAUUCAAACCAUUAUUGCCGAGUACGGCACGGAGGAUCUGGAUCUGUUGCAAGAAAAACUGAAACAAAUGAGAAUUCUGGAUAACAGAUUGCCUGAGUCAGUAGUUGAAUUGUUUGUAAAACCAGAAAAAAGUUCAGUUGAGGCCAUUGAAUCAACUGAAGAGGAUGAUGUUUCUGAUGAAGAAACCGAACCUACAGCCGAGGAGGACCAACUUGAGGAAGAGGACAUGGAGGAGAUAAAUGAGGUGCCACUGCCACCGAUUAUUGAGCCGAAUCCAAAACUUCCCAAGAUGAUCCGAAUGGCUAACCUAUGCGUUGCCGGUGGCUAUGCAGUGAAUGGUGUUGCUGAGAUUCAUAGUGAAAUAGUGAAAAAUGAAGUUUUCAAUGAAUUCUAUCAGUUGUGGCCUGAGAAAUUUCAGAACAAAACAAAUGGGGUUACACCAAGACGAUGGAUCCGCUUCUGCAAUCCAGAUUUGAGCAAAAUUAUAACUAAGUGGACUGCAUCAGAAGAUUGGGUUGUAAAUACAGAGAAAUUGGCAACACUUCGUAAGUUUGCUGAUAACAAGGAUCUUCAAUCUGAAUGGAGGGAAGCAAAGAGAAGAAACAAGGUCAAGGUUGCAUCUUUCCUCAGAGAAAAAACCGGCUACAUCAUCAAUCCCGAUUCAAUGUUUGAUGUGCAGAUAAAGCGCAUCCAUGAAUACAAGAGGCAGUUAUUGAACAUCAUGGGAAUAGUUUAUCGGUAUAAGAAAAUGAAAGAAAUGAGCCAUGAGGAAAGAAUAGCAAGCUUUGUUCCUCGAGUAUGCAUGUUUGGAGGAAAAGCUUUUGCCACGUACGUACAAGCCAAAAGGAUAGUGAAGUUCAUCACAGAUGUUGGGAAUAUUGUGAACCAUGAUCCUGAAAUAGGUGAUCUUCUAAAGGUUGUGUUUGUUCCUGAUUACAAUGUAAGUGUGGCCGAAAUGCUUAUUCCCGGCAGUGAGUUGUCUCAGCAUAUAAGCACGGCCGGAAUGGAGGCUAGUGGAACCAGCAACAUGAAGUUUGCGAUGAAUGGUUGCAUCCUAAUCGGAACCUUAGAUGGAGCUAAUGUCGAAAUAAGACAAGAGGUCGGACAGGAUAACUUCUUCCUCUUCGGUGCCGAGGCUCAUGAAAUCGCCGGGCUAAGGAAACAAAGAGCUGAGGGAAAGUUUGUGCCAGACCCAAGGUUUGAGGAAGUGAAGACAUACGUAAGAACCGGUGUUUUUGGUCCCUACAACUAUGAAGAAGUGAUGGGAUCCUUGGAAGGAAAUGAAGGUUACGGCCGUGCUGAUUAUUUCCUCGUUGGAAAAGAUUUUCCGAGUUACAUCGAGUGCCAAGAAAAGGUUGAUGAGGCAUACAGAGACCAAAAGAGAUGGACGAAAAUGUCGAUAUUGAACACAGCUGGAUCGUACAAGUUCAGCAGUGACCGUACAAUACAUGAAUAUGCCAGGGACAUAUGGGGGAUCGAUCCUGUUGUGCUUCCAUGAUUACUGUUAAUGCAGCCUCCUGUUUCUCCCCUUUUUAUAUCUCUAGCUGCAAGUAUUGUCCUCAUUAGAUGUCCACCAACUUUGCAAGGAUUCUUCACCCUAAGGUGUGCCUUUCUGGGUUCAAAUCGAGACCUUCUCAUAUGAAAGUUUGUUACGGAUAACAUUGGUAAAAACAAUAAGAAAGAAUUACAU